AGAGAAACCGCUAUGUGAAGUCCUUUGUUUCAUAACCAGUCCUGUGAGAACCUCACCUCGCAGUUGAAGUGAAAAUAGUAAAUAAUAUAUAAAAUGUCAAAGUCCGUCGACAUGGAAUUGAAAAAAGCCUUUACAGACCUUCAGCACAUGAUGCUUGAGACCACACAGAAAUUAAAAUUAGCAGAUGUACAGAUAGAAUCUCUAAAGAGGGCUAAACAACGCGCAGAGCUCACCUCUCGUGAAAUUAAGUCUCUUUCAGAUGACACCAAAACCUAUGAAUCUGUUGGAAGAAUGUUCAUCUUAACACCUGUAUCAACCGUAUUACAAAAUCUCGGUGCUAAAUCUGUUACUUGUUCUGAAAAAAUUAAAACCUUGGAGGGUAAUAAAUCUUAUCUGGAAAAGACUUUGAAGGAAAGCGAGAAUAAUCUCCGAGAAAUGGUUCAGCAGAGGAAGGAACGAGCUGAAAAAUAAUUUAUCGAUGGCUUUCUUUUUCUAAUUUAUAUUCGUGCUAAAUCUUUGUUAAAAAUUUUUAUUUAACCGUAUUAAUUAAAGUAUUUUACUUAUA